AUGAGACUCACAUCGCCACAAGACAACAUACGAUCAACGAGACUCACAUCGUCACAAGACAACAAACACUCAGCGAAACUCACUCCGUCACAAGACAACAUUCGAUCAACGAGACUAACAUCGUCACAAGACAACAAACACUCAACGAAACUCACUCCGUCACAAGACAACAUACGCUCAACAAGACUCACAUCGCCACAAGACAUCAUACGCUCAACGAGACUCACAUCGUCACAAGACAACAAACACUCAACGAAACUCACUCCGUCACAAGACAACAUACGCUCAACAAGACUCGCAUCGCCACAAGACAACAUACGAUCAACGAGACUCACAUCGCCACAAGACAACAUACGCUCAACGAAACUCACUCCGUCACAAGACAACAUACGCUCAACAAGACUCGCAUCGCCACAAGACAACAUACGAUCAACGAGACUCACAUCGCAAGAAGACAACAUACGCUCAACAAGACUCACAUCGCCACACGACAACAUACGCUCAACGAGACUCACGUCGCCACAAGACAACAUACGAUCAACGAGACUCACAUCGCCACAAGACAACAUACACUCAACGAAACUCAAUCCGCCAAGAGACAAUAUACAAUCAACGAAACUCACUCAGCCACAAGACAACAUACGCUCAACGAGACUCACAUCGCAACAAGACAACAUACGCUCAACGAAACUCACUCCGUCACAAGACAACAUACGCUCAACAAGACUCGCAUCGCCACAAGACAACAUACGCUCAACGAGACUCACAUCGCAAGAAGACAGCAUACGCUCAACAAGACUCACAUCGCCACAAGACAACAUACGCUCAACGAGACUCACAUCGCCACAAGACAACAUACGAUCAACGAGACUCACAUCGCCACAAGACAACAUACACUCAACGAAACUCAAUCCGCCAAGAGACAAUAUACAAUCAACGAAACUCACUCCGCCACAAGACAACAUACGCUCAACGAGACUCACGUCGCCACAAGACAACAUACGAUCAACGAGACUCACAUCGCCACAAGACAACAUACACUCAACGAAACUCAAUCCGCCAAGAGAAAAUAUACAAUCAACGAAACUCACUCCGCCACAAGACAAUAUACGCUCAACGAGACUCACAUCGCCACAAGACAACAUACGCUCAACGAGACUCACAUCGCCACAAGACAACAUACACUCAACGAAACUCAAUCCGCCAAGAGACAAUAUACAAUCAACGAAACUCACUCCGCCACCAGACAACAUACCCUCAACGAGACUCACAUCGUCACAAGACAACAUACGCUCAACGAGACUCACAUCGCCACAAGACAAAAUACACUCAACGAAACUCACUCCGCCAAGAGACAACAUACAAUCAACGAAACUUACUCCGCCACAAGACAACAUACGCUCAACGAGACUCACAUCGCCACAAGACAACAUACGCUCAACGAGACUCACAUCGCCACAAGACAACAUACGCUCAACGAGACUCACAUCGCCACAAGACAACAUACGCUCAACGAGACUCACAUCGCCACAAGACAACAUAUGCUCAACGAGACUCUCAUCGCCACAAGACAACAUACGAUUAACGAGACUCACAUCGUCACAAGACAACAAACACUCAACGAAACUUACUCCGCCAAGAGACAACAUACAAUCAACGAGACUCACGUGGCCACAAGACAACAUACACUGA